AUGUCGUCUGAGCCUGCGCAGCGCCGUGCGGAAGCACUCAGGGACGCUCGCGUGAAGCUGCACGCGGCUCGAGCGCUCGGCACGAUCGAGGCAGACGUGCUGCCGCCCGACGAGGAGGACCAGCUGAGCGCUGCUGGCGGCGGCAUGCCGAGCUCCGUCGGCGGAGACAAGGCCUCCAGGAGGAGAGCCGUCUCCCUGAGGCAGCUCUACCGGCCACACGCGGCGGUCGCAGCGCGGCUGAGCGGGGCGCGGCAGGCCACCGACGCAGCCGCGGGCGGCGAGCCCGCGCCCGCGGAGCCCGCGCCCACGCAGCCGCCCAAGGCGGAGGCGUGGGCGGCGCCCGAGCCCGUCGUCCAGGCCGAGGAGCUGCUGGAGCCGGAGCCCGAGAGCCCGCGGCCCGGCGCCGGCCCCGCACAGCUGCGGCCCACGCAGGAGGCCCGCUCGGCGGACUGGCUCCGCGUGGGAGACCGCGUCUACUGGCGCGGCGAGCUCGCGGCUGUGACCGCCCUGGACCACUCGACGCGGCCUCCAGGCUACAUCGUGCGCGUCGCGCGCACGGGGGUCCUGCGCUACCUGGCCGGGGAGCUGCGGGAGCCCACGGAGCCGCCGCCAGGCUGCGCGGAGGGCCCCCCCGGAGGUCUGCCUGCCCCAGCAGGCCCCCGCGGCAGGGUGGAGGUGCAGCUGAGGCCCGUCUCCAGCACGGCGGGGCGCGGCCGUCGCGUGCACGGCGCCCCCUCGCCGCCGGCGCCGGCGAAGGCCGAGCUCUCUCCUCCGCGCGGCGCGGCUCCCCGCGCGGGGCACGGCUUCACCUUCGGCCCCGCGGUGGCGCUCGGGCUCCUGCCCAGCCACGCGGCAGGUGCGCACCAGGCGCCCGCGACGCCUCCGCAGCGGCCCGCCGCCGCCGCGCUGGCGCCGAUGCCGCCGGCGCCCUCGUACUCGGAGGUGUGGGCGGAGGUGGCCAGGGCGGCCCCGCCCAGCCCCGUCGUCGCGCCCAUUGGCGCCGCGCUCGCGUACCAGGACCUCUGCCUCGAGCAGCUGGGCCCCGAGGCCCUGGCGCCCAGCGGGCCCGCUGCGCCGGAGGUCCCCGGCUACGAGCAGCAGGGCCUGGAGGUGGAGCGGCCCGCAGAGGCGCGCGACUACGGGAGGCUGCUGCAGGUGCUGAGGCCAGAGGUCGACGAUGCGGGUCUCGUCCCCGGCUCGUCCAGGGCGCAGAUGUCGAGCGUGCUCGCCAAGAACGUCGAGCUCCGCGAGGCCAUGCAGCGGGACGUGGCGAGGAUGCGCAGUGCGGGCCAGCCCGUGCUGGGCUUUGAGGGCACAGAUCACGGCUUUCACAUGAUCGACCUUGAGAUAUUGGUUCUCAAGGCCACUGCGCUGCCGCCAGCGCCGUUCCCGUACACGUCCGACCCCUACGUCCGAGUGAGCGUGGUGGACGGCGACCCCUUCGGGAGGGAGGCCGCCGCCGCCGGGCAGGCGUGGUACUCCGAGCGGGAGCAGUACCACGGCGAGACGCUGGUGCUGCGCGGGACCCAGGACCCGGAGUGGCGCUGCCGCCUCCGGGCGAGGGUACGCCCCCGAGAGGGCACCUCGGUGCACUUCCGCGUCUUCGACCGGGACGAGCUCGCCUUCAGUGACGGGGCCGUGGGGCAGUGCGCCGUGCCGCUCGGCGAGGUGCAGCAGGACAGGUGGCACGCCCCGCGCGCCGUCGCCCUGCGGCCGAUGGACCCGCUGGACCAGCAGCAGACGGCGGCCCUGCGGCCCUCGCGGCUGUUCCUCGCGGUGCAGUGGCACGGCGUGCAGAGCAAGGUGGCGAGCCGACCCGCCGGCUUCGGGGGCGCCCCCCACGCG